AUGAGUAAGAAAAGAACAAGAUCUAAAACUGGUUGUUUAAUUUGUAGACAACGAAAGAAGAAAUGUGAUGAACGACAUCCUAUUUGUACCUUCUGUGAUGUGAGAGGUUUAGAUUGUCAAUGGGAUAUUAAAAUAUUGGAUCUAACUACAUUUCAAAACAAUAAAGUAACAAAACCAAAACAACGGAAACAUGAGAUGAUAUUACAAUUUCCUGAUGAAUUAGACAUUGCUUUUGCAUCUCCUGCAACUGAAGGGAUUGUUGAUACGGCGACUUCAUCACCUGUGUUAUUCAAUACUACCAUUAUUGAUAAUUUAUCGUCUCCAUUGUUUUUAUUCUUAGAUCCUAAAGGGUUGGAAUAUAUAAGUUAUUUUGAAAAUAGUGUUGCUGAUUCAUUAUCUAUUAGUCCAAAAUCUCAUAAUUAUUUUAAGAAGACAUUUUUUACAUUGGCAUUUACAAGUGAAGCAAUUCUGAAUCUUUUGGCUGCAUGGGGAGCAUUAUUUCAUAAAAAUGCUGAUAAUGAAGAUGUUGAACGAUAUUUACAAAUUGCCAAGAGGUCCUUAAUUAAACCAAACAAGAAUAAUAAUAAUAAUAAUAAUAAAUUUGAUUAUUUCAUUAUGAUGGCAUAUUAUUUAAUAUCAAUUGGUAUUAGAGUUAAUUCAGGUGAUACAUCCCAAUGGUAUGAAUUAUUUCAUAAUUGUGAAAUAUUGAUGAGACAAUAUGGAGGUUUACAAAAAUUUAUUAAAGAUUUUGAAUAUUCUGAAGAUUGUAAAUUCUUUUUAGCAACUUUUCAAUUUCGUGAUAUAAUGUCAAGUGAAUCAUUGAAAAGAGGGACUAUUUGUACCAUUAAUAAUUAUAAUAAUUUGUUUGGCGGGAAUGAUGAUAAUUAUGGAUUGGAUCCAUAUCAAGGAUGUUGUCAAUCGAUUAUAAUAGUUUUAGGUGAGAUUAUGAAUACUUAUGUUGAAUUGAAGCGGGAAAGAAUGGAGAUAAUCGAGAAAUUAGAUAAAGAUAUUGAUGUGACAGAACAGAGGCUAAAACAUUUUGAGAAAGUUAAUAGAAGCAUUAAUGAUUUAUUAACAAAAGUGGAUGAUUGUAUUCCAUUUGGUCAACUACAAGAAUUGGAUGAAGAUGAACGGGAAUUACAAUUAGAAUUAUUUGAAUUGAAUAGAAUUACCUGUAAGAUGUAUUUAUUAUUAUACAUUAAACAAACACAACCUACAUCUACUGAGAUUCAAAUAUUAUUAUUAAAGGCAUUACAAUUAAUGGAUGAUUUAAUUAUCAAAAAGAAGAACAAUGUUGUUAAUUGUCUUAAUAUGGCAUUAUUAAUUUGUGGAAUCUCAAGUAGUAAUAAAUUUGAUAGAAAUAAUGUUAGAAUGAAAUUUAAUCAAGUUUAUUCCAAUAAUUUUAAAGUUGGAAAUAUCAAACGAAUUUGGGAUAUAGUGGAAGAAUCAUGGAUCCGAAAUUCUUCUGGGAAAAUAUGUAUUGAUUGGUUAGAUAUAUGUCAUGAUUUCGGUUGGAAGAUCUCGAUGGGAUAA